UCAUCGAGCAGGCCGAGAUGCAGUCGGUCCCACAGAUUACCAAAGUCUCCGGUUGCUCCGUCUCGGUCGAAGUGUCUGCUAAAGCUCCGUUCACAUCGCCGGAUUUGACACUGUGCGACUUUUUCCUUCGGUGUUUCAUUGAUCGUUGUGCCCCGUUGUGGAUGAGUGUUUGUGCUCAGUGCUUCUAUGAUUUGUGCAUGCCAGUUAGGGGGGCCACUGUGAUUGGUACCCGAAAAUGGUGACUUUAAUGCCGUGCAACUAUUUGAACGCUGCGCAAAAUUCCCGAUGCACCAUGAUCGAUAAGAUGUGCGAACCCAAGGUUAAACGGGCACGGACUGACGCAAACGAUUCAACGGAACGCGACCGACUGACCGACCCGCCAAUAUCGCCGCAGAGUGGACACACGUCCAGUUCAUGUGGCUCGCCGCCCACCCUUGCGCACGUCAAUGGCCACGCCGCCCCUUCAGACGGUCUGGCCGGUGCCGCCCCUGCUUGUUUGGCGAAUUUUGCAGUUGCCGCAGCCAAUUGGCCGCUACUGGACACUCAAGGGGUGAAGUCGGAGAUCAAGUCGCCAGGACUGGCGGAUUCGGACGUCGCCGCCGCCCUGACUGCCCACCAUGAUGUUGUGACGGCGACGGCGCCGUUCUAUGGGGCGUCGCCGGCCGACAUUGGCGCCGCCGCCUACGACAAGGACUAUCCACAAGCCUAUCAAUAUUACAAUAGUAUGCACCAAGCGUAUGGCAGUUCGGGCACCUCCUCCUACAUGAGCUCGACGUCAUCCAGUCCCUUCUACGGCACCUCGUCGUAUCCCUACUCGUCGCUGGGACCGUCACGAGGGCUGAAUCCUUCCUGCAAGGCUUCAGGGUACAUAGCCGCCCCGUAUGGGUCGCCGGCCAGUGCCUUUGGUGCCGCCACUGCCCAAUCCGGCCAGUAUUCCUCGUACGCCAGCUACGGAUCGAGCAGCGCAGCUACCGGCUUUUCUCAGGGGUUUGCUCAGGGCGUGGACUACAGUCCCUACAGCUCAACCUACACGGACUCACAGACAUCGCAAUAUCCUGGAAGUUACUACGCAGCCCAGUCGUACUCGCCCUUUGUAAGUUCGCCCAGCUCUAGUGGCAGUAUCAGCACCUCCACUUACCAACUGGCUACAGGAACCCUUUCAGAUAGCCCCUCGAAUGGCGUCAGCCUCACAGAGGGAUCCGCUUCGCCAAUGAAAGCCGACAAUGCGCGGCGCACCAGGGAUUCUACGAGCAGUCUGGCCGAGCCAAGGGCUCGAGGUAGGGGCAGGCGGACCAACACAGUGUCUCCCACAACCCCCGAAUCGAAAACAGACCGAGUGUUCAUCUGGGAUUUGGAUGAAACUAUUAUAAUCUUUCACACCCUGUUGACUGGCAGCUAUGCUACCAAAUACCACAAAGAUGCUCAAAACGUGGUCCAAUUGGGGUUCAAGAUGGAGGAAAUGGUCUUCAACUUAGCAGAUACUCAUUUCUUUUUCAACGACAUUGAGGAAUGCGAUCAAGUGCACAUUGAUGACGUAUCAUCUGACGACAAUGGGCAGGACUUAUCCAAUUACAACUUUACAUCAGAUGGAUUCCAUGCAUCAGCAGCGGGCAGCGGCAAUUUAUGUUUGGCAGCCGGUGUGAGAGGAGGAGUCGACUGGAUGCGAAAGUUGGCCUUCCGGUACCGAAAGAUCAAAGAGACGUAUAACAAUUACAGGAACAGUGUGGGCGGGCUGUUGGGGUCAAACAAGCGCGAGCAGUGGCUGCAGCUGCGUCAGGAAAUCGAAGCUGUGACCGACAACUGGUUGACGCUGGCCAAUAAGUGCCUAACGCUGAUCAAUUCGCGAAACAAUUGCGUCAAUGUGCUGGUAACGACCACGCAACUCAUUCCAGCCCUGGCAAAAGUGCUGCUCUUCGGUCUGGGCAAUGUUUUUCCCAUCGAUAACAUCUACUCAGCAACGAAAAUCGGCAAAGAGAGCUGUUUCGAGCGAAUUGUGACGCGGUUUGGAAGGAACUGCACCUACGUGGUGAUUGGCGACGGCCAAGACGAAGAAGCCGCCGCAAAAACCUUAAAUUUCCCGUUUUGGCGCAUUACCAGCCACAACGAAAUCGCCGCCCUGUACAACGCCCUCGACAUGGACUUUUUAUGAUUGAUCUGUGGUUUUAUGUAAAAAAUGUACAUUUUAUAAAUAGACUGUUUAAGUACUGCGGA